AACGGUUCUCUGCUGUCAAAAGUGACAGCACUUCAAAGUGUAGAACUUGACAAAUCUAAAAAUUUUAAAUAAUAGGACUAGGAUGUGUCUACACGCUGUACGCGAGUGGCUGGUGCUGCUGACCAUGGAGAAGUACGCCGCUAAAUUCCUGGAACGGGGCUACGACAGCAUUUCCCGCUGCAAGUUAAUUAUUGCCAGUGAUCUAGUCAUGAUGGGAGUGGAUAAUCCUGCCCACAGAAAGCUCCUGCUCGAUGGAGUCCAGUUCCUGAUCAACGCACCCGAAAAAUUCAUCUGCACGGAGCCUUGUGAGCUGCACAAUCAUGUCGAGCUGAAAUUGGAUCCGGAUGUUGAAUAUGCUUCGUUGAAGAGCUUGGAAAGUCUCGAUUUCCCAAAAGCACCUGUUGCGAAUUGGCUAGCAUCCCCGCCAAAGAUGUACAAAAGGGGCUUAACUUGGAGCUUUUGCGACUUGAAUGUCAAAAAUGUGGAUCAGUUUACUUCUGAUAAUGUAACUAGCGAAAUACAAACAAGUUAAACAAAUAA